AUGGCCGACCUAACGAAAAUGGAUCUGUAUCAACUAUUCGACCUUCCUGAAACAUGUACAGAUCAGGAAUUAACCACAGCAUUUCGAAAGAAAGCUUUGAAAUGUCAUCCAGAUAAAUUUCCUGACGACGAUGAGAAAAAAGAACAAUUUUUGUUGAUCAAAAGAGCAUUGGAAUUAUUAACUGAUAAGCAAGCACGGUUGGCCUACGAUGCAUCGCGACGACAGCAAAAGGUUCAGCAAGAACGUUUGUCCAGCAUGGAUGCAAAACGGAAAAAGUUCAAAGAAGAUCUCGACCGAAGAGAGCAAUCCGUGACUCAACCAGCCAAAUCAACUAACGACAAAUUCACUACUGAUCGAUUACAUGCAGAAGUUGAACGCUUGAGACGCGAAGGAAAUCGUUUAGUCGAUGAAGAACUCGAAAAUCUUCAUAAAAUCAUCGAGAAGGAAAAAACUUGCGCUCAUCAUCGAAAUUUGAUCAUCAAAUAUUCUCCUACGACGGUAUUCUACACUGACGGCGAGUUGCGAGACAUUUUUGGAAAAUAUGGUCACAUUACAACUAUUGUUAAUCUACCUCCCAAACGUGCAUUGAUUGAAUUCAAUGAAAGUCACAUUUCGAAACUGAUUGAAAGUGAAAAAGGUUUUCCUGAGCGACCGUUCGCCUCGGUUAAACUCCAGAAACGAGGAGACACAUCGUCAGCAACAACGACCGAACCAGCUAGUGUUGUUGAUUUAACGAAACCUGAUUUAGAAGACUACGAAGCCAUGGUCUUCAGAAAAAUGGCACAACAUGCAGCAAACGAACUUUCAACAUUUACCGUACAGUCUCUUUGUUUCGUUAUUGAAAGAAUGGCCGAGUCAACAUCACCGACGUUAAUUCGUUCAUCUCACAAACUUCUUGAAUAUACAUCAUGUAUUGACACAGCUAUGUCAUUAGCAACGCCAAUAUCAACAUGUGGAGACGUAAAUGCUCAUUCAAGUUUUGAUUCCAUCAGUCAAGCACGUGAUUGUGAUGCGUUGGCCAAUCGACACGGAAACAAUCAUCGAAUACUCGAACGUGAUCUUCGACGAAUAGACAUUGAUACCAAUAAACGUGUCAUGAACAUACAAACCAAAAAAUUGGAUCGCACCGAAUCGAUUUCAUUACCAGCAACACCUACCGAACACCUAUCUUCGAAAUUUCAUCAUUCAAUAUUAUUAGGCCAACCGGCGACGACUCAUUCGGACGACGAUGAUGAUGAUGAUGACGAUGAUGAUGAUGACGAUGACGACGAUGACGACGAUCGAGAUGACGAUGAACAACAAUAUCAUCGUACAUCAUCGACUGAUUAUAUGACUGCUGUGACUGAUCCAAUACUAGAUGAAUCGCAACCGGAUUCGAAAAGUAUGCCAUCGUCUCCGCCAACUGCUUCUGCAUUGUCGGAAGCUAACAUUCCAAUCUCCUAUGGUACCGACUGGACAGAUCGAGCGUAUCCGACCGCACAUUGUUGGUUUCCAUUUACUCCUACUGAUCCGACCUCAUCGCCACCAUGUUCAUUUUUCUCGUGUAAAAAUCCCAGGCCACCAAUUCUUCUCGCACUUGUUCAAUGCGAAUCGUGUUUUCUCAUUGUACAUACACAUCAUCUAUCAAAUCUCUCAGCAGUUAGAAGUAGUUCAAUGCCCGCAUGUCGUCCAUCAUUUCACGAUGAAGAUGAACAGAACCGACCAGAUCGUCAUUUCUGGUCGCCUAUAACUGCACUUUCUAAACCUUGCGCCUUUUGCAAACGUAAAUCAAUGUCGAAUCCGAUCUUCAGUGGGGCUAAUCGACCAUCGACAAUGCCUACAUUAGACAUUAUGACUAAAGGUGUAAGCUAUUCGAAAAGUCCAAUACCUGAUAGUCCGAAACCGUCAACAGCAGCAGGCGGUCUACAAUGUCUGUGGUGCACACGUGGUUAUCAUCGACGAUGUUGGGAACAAGUAUUCACUCAUGAAGAUCGAAAUAGAUGUGAUUAUGGCGUAUUCAGACACAUCAUUGUUCGACCACAGUGGAUUCGCCGUUUACCAGGCAGUACUCCACUUUUUCGCGCACAAUAUCCAACAGAUAAUGAUCAUGAAACGAUCUACACACCUCUACUGCUUUUCAUCAAUAAACGUUCCGGUGGACAGAGCGGAGAAAAAAUCUAUCGUAAACUGUUACGUCUGCUCAAUCCCCGCCAAGUAUUUCUACUGGAAAACGAUCAGACUAUUGUUAAUGCCAUAAAUAUCUAUUCGUCUCUACCAAAUAUACGUAUUUGCGUAUUUGGUGGCGAUGGAACAGUCGGCUGGGUGUUAAGUCGUUUGGCAGAAAUAUACCCGCCGUUGAAUAAUCCACCGGUAUGUAUUUGCCCGUUAGGAACAGGUAAUGAUCUAUCACGUGUCUUAUCCUGGGGUGAACAAUACGAUCCAAAACGUUUAUUAUCAACUUUAAUUCAAAUCCCACGUGCCAAAUCCAUUGCUCUAGACCGUUGGCAAGUGACGCUCGAGCCGAUCGAAUCAAGUAAUUCUAACAUAACUACAGCUCAGAAUUCGACUACGCGUACAUUCUUAUCAUUCAUUUCACACCCAAAAUUUAUUCGUGAUACCACACGUGCCUCCUAUCAAAAUCACCGCACAUUACCAAAUAGUCGGUUUAUCAAUUAUAUGAGUUUUGGUUUAGACGCUGCUAUCGCUUUAGAAUUCCAUCAUCGACGCACACGUAAUCCACGAAAAUUUUCUUCGCCAUUGAAAAACAAAUUGAUGUAUCUAAAUGAAAGUUGUAAAUAUCUAAACGAUUUUGCACGAUCGAAAUUAUGGAAUCUAAGUUCCUACAUGCGUUUGAAAUGUGAUGGCGAAGAUCUGACGGACUUCAUUAAAAACUGCCAUACAUUACUCGUGUUAAAUAUACCCGGUUAUGCUUCGGGAACAAAUCCAUGGGGCAAAUCAUCGAACAAUUCCUGUUCAUCACCUCCGACUAUGAUACAAAAGGAUUCGGACUCAUUCGAACAAAUUUCCACUAGUUCAGUCGAGCUGGCUGACAUCCCACCAAAUGCACAUGAUGUCUACGAAGUCAUCGCAUUGAAUGAAUGCUCAAAUGAUCAAAUAAACGCAUCAUCGUCAACCUUAAUAUCAACGAUGAAUAAUACUGCCACUCGCUUUGAACGGCAAGAUUUUGGCGACAAGAAAAUCGAAGUCGUCGGCUUGAGUACAACACAUAUGGCUACAAUUCAUAUCGGCUUUCGUGGCAUACGUAUUGCACAAUGCAAUCAUUUACGUAUUGAAUCAUUCGGUCCAAUGACUGCACAAAUGGACGGUGAACCAUUCUAUAUACCCGAUUCUUCUGCUUUCAAUAUCACCCAUGCGGGUCAAGUGUUGGUACUACGAAAUGAAAAUCGAUAA